UGUAAAUUGUUGUUGUGUGGAGGAAGGAUAUUUUGGUCUGGGUAUUUAAGGGAAGCUGGCAAAAUGUUCUGUGGAAUUCUUACCAAGAUGAACCCCAUGGUGCUGUGUGUGCCUUUAGACACACAGCACUGUGUUUUUUCCGAUCGAUUAGUUUAAGUGUACUUAGACCGUAGGGGCUGUAUGUUGUCUGACCAAUCUAAAUAGGGUAAGUCUCAAAACUCUGGUUAUUGGAAUAUUAUUCUAACUAAGUGUACAUAGGAAACUGGCACGAUUAUAUAAAGCUAUAUAAAGUAAGAUUGUUCUAUUUAUCUCUAUGGGGUGGUCAUGACCUCUGGUUAGAAAUAAUCAUUACUUUAAUUAAGUUUUAUAGUCUAAGGGGACUAGAUCAAAUAAUGCUUUCUGAGUAUUAGUCAUAGAACCUCUGGCAGUGACCAAGACUGACGAGUUUGUGACCAUGAGAUCCGCGUGUAACGGCCGGCACGAGACUCUAUGCGACAAUGAGAAUCGGACGAAGGAGUGUAAUUUAGAAUAAGGCAGAAGAAUCAAACAUUGACCCAAAUUGCAUGAUUAUUAUCACGCAUAAUAUUCAAAUACAAAUAAUAUCAUUCAACAAGGUUUUCCUUUUUUCUUUUGGAGGCAGAUAAAAUUACACAAUGUUAAAAUAACGUUAACAAUAACAACCCAGAGUACUGGAAAGACAGAACGCGUGCAUGCCUUCGCCAUGCCACUUGGACUCCGCCAUUGGGCCAGUGGGUGGUUGGUGGUUCUUCUUCUCUCACAUUUUUCACCACCUUACAACACUAUUAUAGUAUAUCUCAAAUUUUACACAGAUCCAGUUAAGCGUUUGUUUUAGUAUGAUUUUAUUUGUGUAUGUUGGGCUGUACAAAGGCUGUACGUUUUCAAAGAUGAUUUUAAUACAGAUAAGGAGGGGGAUAACAGUUUGAGGUAGCUAGUUCCACAGAGCUAACACGGAAAAAGCUCUGUCACCUUUGGAUUUCAUGCUGGACCGAGGGACAGUUAACAAUUUGUCAGAAUAUAAUCUUCGGGGGGAGUAUGGGCAAAUAAGGUCAGAAAUAUAAGAUGGAGCCAAUCCGUGCAAGGCUUUGAAUUCAAAAGUUAAAACCUUGAAAUCAAUUCUAAAUUUAACUGGAAGCCAUGUAAAUGUGUUAAAGUAGGGGUAAUAUGAUCAUUCUUUUUUCCCUCAUUAAAAGUGAGCUGCAGCAUUUUGAACCAGUUGCAAACAUGAUAAGGAAAACUGGUUGACACCAGCAUAUAAAGCUGUUAUCAUGACCCUGCCUCAUCUUGUCUUGCUUUUCUAGUCUUGCGGCAGGGUCAUGACAGCCCCACGUGUUUUGUGUGGAAGCGCAUGGUCAUUGUUUGUUUAUGAUGGCCGUGUGCUCUCCUAUCUCAUCUCUUGAUCCUGUUGUUACUGUGUGUUAUUAGUUUUGAGCAGUUGUUAUCUGGGAAUAAUGAACCUGCAAAUGCCGCGACUGGCCAGUCAGAAUCAAGCAUUCCAAUGAGCCGCCUAUAAAUAAAAAUACGGAAUAGAAAGGAAGAUUUAAUUCACAGAAGCUGUUUUUUUGCACCCAUAGUGCAAAAUACUGAAAAUCCAUUUAUUCUUUUCAAUUAGUAUCAUGUGAUUUGUUGAUGUUAAGAUUGCCUGUUUAGUUAUUUCAUUAUAGUCUUGAGAGAGGUUAAGACUUUUUAAUGAUUUUAAAAUAGCUGCUGUCACAAGAUGUAAUAGACACUGUUUGGCAACCAAACAGCAGAGUUAUGGAUUAAGCCAUUGAUCAGUAAAUAAUAACAGAUGAGAAUCUAAAUAUCAUUGUGUUUCUUUGCACAGAUUCAUGUUCAGUUUCGCUUUUGUUUUCUUUGAACACAUUUAGGCGUGUCUCUCUAUUUAUUUAUAACUCUGCCCGACAGUACAGGUGAAGAUGUGCAUGCUGUUUAAGAAGUUUUAGCUGUUUAAUGUUCUGUGAUUCCACAGAUCUGAAAUGGCCAUAAUAAAACUAUUGGCAUUUGUGGCAUGUGUCUGGAUUGGCUCUACUGUUGACUCUGACCGUCAAUUUUACUCAUCAAUGGAUCAAGUCAUGCAGCUUGUGGAGGAAGAAAAAUACUUUCUGAAGCUCGUCAGUUCAUAUAUCAAGGCUGAACAGGGGAAUUUAACAGCACUCAAGAGCAAUCUUCAGACUCUUAAAUGGCUCUCAGACUCAGAGGACCCUGAGAAAACCAUGAGUGACCCUGUGGUAGCUUACAAACUCAUCAGAAGACUGGUUGUUGAUUGGCCGUACAUUACAGAAUCAACUCAAAUAAGACAAUAUAAAGACUAUCAGGAAUGGUCGCGCUCAGAUCCACCAAGGUUUCCAACAUGGGGGGAUGUGAUGGGUGCAGCUUUGGGACUGAUUACACUGCAAGAAAUCUACAAACUCUACCCAGAAGACAUCAUAAGAGGAACGCCUGUCAAUGUGGAUGAAGCUUUCUGCGUGGGGUCUGUCGCUGAUCAGCAUCAUAAAUACCAGCAUGCCUUUCACUGGUAUCUGUAUGGUCUGAAAAUGCUAAAUCAUCCAGAAUUCUUACUUCCACUACAACGUGUUACAAAGAAAGGUUUGCUAGAGAACCUGGGCCUCUCAGCACGUGCAUUUGGAAGCCCGUCUGUGACACUCGAUUUCUACCACCAACUUCUUGAUCUGAUGCCAUGUUAUGGGGAUGCUACAAAUCCUUGGAAUGAGCUAUUUACAACCUAUUUACGACCUGAACCCACCAGAACUCCAGAGCCUGAUAUAUACGCACUAAAUACAACGUCAAGUAACUCGUAUGAGGCAUUGUGCAGAGGAGACACUGACCAGAGGACCUCCAGGAGGCAGAGGGCGCUGUCUUGUAGAUACAGCACUGGUGGAGGAAACCCCAGACUGAUUUUGGCACCACUGAAAGAGGAGAUUGAAUGGAAUGAGCCCCGAAUCAUCAGAUAUCAUGACAUAUUAUCAGACAAAGAGAUUGAAACCUUGAAAAAUAUAGCUAGACCUAAGAAAUCGAGACUCAUCAGACCAGGCAACAUUUUUCCAGUCUUCAACUGUCCAAUUUUGCUUUCUAGGCCUGAAGCAAACAUGCCACAAGAAGACUUAAAUGUUCGUGUUUUUCAAAGUGUUUUUCUGACAGAAGACAACAUUGUAGUUGAUCGUGUCAAUCAAAGGAUUGCAGAUGCUACAGGACUGUCUAUAGAAACGGCUGAACCUCUACAUGUUCAGAAUUAUGGGAUUGGAGGCAGAGAUGAGCCAUCUCAUGACACAUUGGAUGCAGAGAGGGACAUGAUUGCUACAUUCUUAACUUAUAUGAGUGAUGUGGAUAUAGGAGGUGCCACUGUAUUCCCUGAAAGUGGAGUUGCGCUGAAACCGAAAAAGGGUUCAGCUGUGUUUUGGUACAAGCUCCACAAGAAUGGUACAAUCGAUCCAAAAACACAGCAUGAAGGAUGCCCUGUGCUUCUGGGUAAUAAAUGGGUGGCUAACAAAUGGAUCCGUACGUUUGGACAGGAGUUCAGGAGACCCUGUUCUUUGUCAGAGUGGGAGUGAAAGACACAUUACACGAACCACUUACAAUGGAUGGUUACAUUACAACUGUAUAUAUUUUAAUACACAUAUCUACAGUAUGUAGAUCUGUGUAUAUGCUUAUCCACAGUUGGUAAAAAAAAGAAGAAAAUUAUAUUCCAAUUAUAAGCACUGAAUUGUUUUGGGUCAUUCACAUUUUCUAUUUCAAGUAAACCUAACACAUUUUUGAGGAAGUCUUAUUUGAGAAAGUAUUUCUCUUUCCUAUAUGCUGUCACAAUUUAAUGUGAUUUGUCACACAGUCCCUGCAAACCAUAUUAAUUGCCAGAUUUCCUGGCUGUCAAAUUGAGAUUCAACAUACUUUACCUCCCCAUCCCAAAUCUCCUGCCAUAUUUUAGCACAGACCCUCGAGUUAUUCCUUUUUCCUAUUUGGUGAUAAAUUCAUAGAGACGUUUGUGUAUCCUCCACCCUCUUGGCUAAAUGAUCCACUUCUCCAUUAGGAAAGCAUGUGCUUGGUAGAAAAGGCUGUGGCGCCACCUGUUGAACGAUAAUAUAAUUUUAUAUCUCAAUUACUAUAUCUUAUCUUGCUUGCUUCUUUGCAGUAACUUGUGUAUUAGUCUAAGUAUAAACAUUGUGUAUCAUGUUUGUUAUUGCCACUUACAACAUAUUGCUUGUCAUGUUUGCUUACUUGUACUGUAAAUUGCUUUGGAUUAAAUGUCUUCUAAAUAAAUGAAUGUGAU